AAGUGACAUUGGUGGGGCACCAUUUGUUGGAAAAACCAACCAGUUGCCUGUUGCCAUGCGACGACUUGCAUGCACAUAAUUUUCAAAGUCUUCCACUGACCAACGAGGCAGUGAGCACGGAACACACACAUCAUCGCCUAAGUACAAAUCUACACAUCUUCUUCAGGCUUUAGGCCUUCAUCCAUUCUUCCUCCACCUCCUUCAGGCUUCGACCAGAUCACAGCUCUCCAGUUACUACCAGCCAUGGCUGCCAAGACCACCUCAUGCUUCACCUUCCUCAAGGAAGCGCUGGUCCUCCCCACGCGAAACCCCAAGCUCUUCGCCCCCAUCCUCAUCUUUGUGGCCGCCAUCGCCUUCCUCAUCCCCGCGGUCAACGUGGUCUUCAUCCAGCCGCUCACCGCCGAGAUGCUGCACCACGUCGCCGAGAUGCAGACCACCGACCCCUCGAGCGCCGAGUACGCCAGGCUCCUGGAGGAGAUACGUCAGGAGGCCAGGGAGCUCGUCCUCAUCGCCGUCGCCCUCACGGUCGUCACCCUGCCGCUCGUCUUCGCCAAGCAGAUCCUCGCCUUCUCCGCGGCCUCCACGACGUACUCCGGCGACCGCUACUCCCUCGCGGAGCUCCUCCGCAGGGUGACCAAGUGGGCCAACCUGAGGGGCCCUCUCGUCACCGUGGGCGUGGUCACCGCGCUCCAGCUCACGUUCAUGGCGCUCCUGGGCGUCUACCUCUCCGCCGUCAUGCGCCACGCGGGGGUGCUCUCCGUGCAAGGCGCGGUCUUCGUCCUCGCCUUUCUCGCCUUCAUGUACUUCGGGGUCGUGGCCGUGGUGGGCGUCGCCGUGUCGGUGGCCGACGAGGGGUGCCGCGGCGUGCGCGCGCUCGGGCGGGCGUGGCGGCUCAUGACGCGGGUGAGGCGGAAGGAGGGCGCCCUGCUGGCGGCGGUGAUGGUCCUCCUGCCGACCGUUGUGAGCCCGGUGUACGCGCUCGCGCUCACGUACGCCAGGAAGAGCAUGGCGGUGGGGCUGUACCUGCUGUUUGGGUACGCUCUUCUGUCUGCUGCGGUGCAGGUGUUCUACAUCGCGGCGGCUACGGUGUACUACUAUGAGGCCAUGGAGAGCAAAGAGGUGGUGGUGACUUUUCAUGGCUAUGCCAAGAUACCUUCCGGUGAGGGUGAGGCAAAUGUCUGAUUGAUCGGCCGGCCCCGUAUAAUGAGUCAUGUACUUGUGGUGCUUCCUAGCUGUGUGAUAAUAGUCUUUGUACUACGUAUACAUACAUAAGAGUAAAAAUAUAAGUGUAGGUCAACAAAUUUGUAUUCCCUUCUUUCUAUGGUCAAGUGCACAUAUUCAGGUCAUGAA